AUUCGCCAAACGAAUCAUACAUUUUUUUUCACGUUUCGUUCUCCCCCCCCAAAGUUCUGUUCUAAAAAAAUGCAAAAAGCCGCGGCGUGCUAAAUUUGUAUUGCGUGCAAGAUUGCUACCAACAAAAAAAAAAGAAGAAAAGAAAAAGAGGAAUGGAAGAAUAUAAAAGGAGACACCAACACACUCCCACACACAGAAGCCGCUAAUACAUUUGCAGUUUUUUUUUUACAUAUUUUUUUCGCUCGUCAUAUUUGCAUUUUGAAGUUUGAGAUAUUUUAUUAGACAUUUUGGUGACAGCUGUUGAACUCUGAACACGAAACGGGAAAAAAUCGUAAACGAAAAGUGUGUAAACUUCCCGCGCAAUGAACGGAAAUUAGAGUUGGUGAUGCUCAUCCAAUUCCCUUUUUCUCUUCUCUCCACUCUCUUUGCAGUUAACACUUGGUGGUGAGGUGCGUACACAGGGUCUCCAAGCUUUCAAUACGACACACACAUCUCUCCAGUGUAUAUUUAUAUUUUGAUAUAAACGGAUCAAACACAAAUCAGCUAAAAUGUCUGAUCGCAAGGCAGUAAUCAAGAAUGCUGACAUGAGCGAGGAGAUGCAGCAGGAUGCCGUUGACUGCGCGACACAGGCACUCGAGAAGUACAACAUUGAGAAGGACAUUGCCGCCUAUAUCAAGAAGGAAUUUGACAAAAAAUACAAUCCCACAUGGCAUUGCAUUGUUGGUCGCAACUUUGGAUCCUAUGUGACACACGAGACGCGCCAUUUUAUUUACUUCUAUUUGGGCCAGGUGGCCAUUUUAUUGUUUAAGAGCGGUUAAAGUAUUGUCGAGUCGGAUGAAGUGGUGGUGAGGAGGCUGCUGUUGCAACAGCAGCAACAAC